AUGGACCCGGUCAAGCUUAUCGCGUCGGACGGCACCGAGAUUAUCCUCGACCGGCAGGCGGCGAUGGUCUCCGGGACCAUCAAGUCCAUGCUCGGCGGGCCAGUGGCGCGUAGGUCGCCCUUGGGCCACUUUUUCGGGCGUUGCGGCCCCAGCGCGGCGAGAAGGCGGCACGCUCGGGCCCGCUGGGGGAGGUGA